AUGGACGGAGCCAGCGGCAUCAGUAGCGGCGGAGAAGUCUCAUCCCAAUUACCGGCGCCGACACCGAUGCAAAACUCAAACUCGCCGCCUCCGUUUUUUAGCAAGACGUAUGACAUGGUGGAUGACCCUUCCACUGACGCCGUAGUUUCAUGGAGCGCAACCAAUAACAGUUUUGUUGUUUGGGACCCACCGGAAUUCGCUAGGGACCUUUUGCCGAAGUACUUCAAACACAACAACUUCUCAAGCUUUGUUAGACAGUUGAAUACAUAUAGUGGAUUUCAAUAUACUAAUGCUUUUGUUGGUUUAGCUUUGCCUGGAGAAGCAGGAUCAUGGCAGAGAGAAAGUAAAAGUUAUCAAUUUUGGACUCGAGCAAAUGCAAAGGGAUACUUCAAAAUAACUAAUAUUGUGCCAGACAACUAUAGUUUGUAUGGUUGGGUCCCUGGAUUCAUUGGUGAUUAUAAAUCUAAUUCUACAAUCACCAUCACCCCUGGAGGAGUCAUAAACUUGAAUUCACUUGUAUACAAUCCUCCAAGAAAUGGACCAACCAUUUGGGAAAUCGGAUUCCCAUAUCGAUUGGCUUUAGAAUUUCACGUUCCAGACCCUUACCCUACUCUUUUGAACAAAUUAUACUCCGAACAACGCAGAGACAAGUUUAGACAAUAUGGAUUAUGGGAACGUUACAGUGAUAUAUAUUCAAAUGGUGAUCUUGUUUACACUGUGGGUAUUGACAAGAAUAUAGAUUGGUUUUAUGCUCAAGUUACAAGAAUAACAGAAAACAAAACAUAUGAACCAAUGACAUGGCAGAUUAUAUUUGAACAUCAAAAUGACAUAAUCAUUGGAAACUAUACAUUACAACUAGCCUUAGCUAGUGCUGCUGAUGCAAACUUAGAGAUACAUCAUUACAAGUUCGGAGGAGACAAUGCCAUAGCAAGACAUGGAAUUCAUGGAUUGUAUUGGUUGUUUAGCAUUGAUGUUCCAAGUUAUCUUCUUGUGAAAGGACAAAAUAUCAUCUAUUUGAAGCAGUCAAGAGCGAUUAAUCCUUUUCAAGGAGUUAUGUAUGAUUAUAUUCGGUUAGAACGACCUUCGAUAACUUGA